AUGCGCGGCCUGUCCUCUGCCGAUGAUGACAUCGGGUCGCUGCAGCUGCCCGUGCGCUUCGGAGGCGCCGCCCCACACGCGCGCGCCGCGCAUGUCGACGCCUAUUUCGCGAGCGGCAUACUGGCGACGCCAGCCGACGCGCUCUCCGCGCUGCAGCAGCAGCAACAGCAACAGCAGCAGCGGCAGGCCGGCCAGCUGCAGACGCAGCAGGAGCACCGGGCUGCGCCGCCGCCGUGCCCGCCGACCGGGCUCUACUCCCUGCCUGACUCUGUCACCGUGCCCUGCCGCCGCGCGCGCGACGGCCCCGACCGGCGGCUCAAGCGGCCGCCGCCUCUGGAGCUGGAAAUGAGCGUCGCCGCGCCGCCCGGCGCCGCCAGCCCCGAUGGCGGCGCCGACGGCGCAGAGAGCGCGCCGCGCUUCGCCCGCGCGGCGGGCUCAGGCGCCGGGUUUGCGGGUGUGGCUGCGGCUGCGGCUGCGGCUGUGGCCGGCGCCGCGGCUGCGGCGGCGCGGCCGCAGCUCGACGCAUGCUAUGGCGGUGCCGCAAUGGACUUUGAGGUUUGCGCAAGCCUUGAGGCCACUUGGAGCGGGGUGGCCGGCGCGCCGCACUCGCAGCAGCAGGGCCAGUCAGCCGCAGCGCUGCUGCAGCCGUGGGCGCCCGUCGCGCUUGGGGCGGCGGGCACCGGCUCGGCGGCACACUCGCACACCGCGCCGUGCGCGCCGUGGCGGGCCGAGGAUGGGCGGGCGUUCAUGCAGCCGCUGAUGGGGUCGGGCAGUAACAGCUUUGAGACUGCCGGGCUAGUCAGCAGCAUUGACCUGCCUACGGCGAUGCGGCCGAGUGCCAUGCACCAGGGCCAGUUGCUGCUGCAGCAGCAGCAGCAGCUGCAGCUGCAACAAGCACAACUCCAGCUCCAGAUGCAACAAGAGCUUCAACUGCUUGAGCAACAAGAGCAGGCGCAAGCGCAGGCGCGGCUGCAGCAGCAGCAGCAGCAGCAGCAGCAGAUGGAGGCGCAGCUGCGCCAGCAAGCGCCAUUUGCGCCGCAGACGCACGUGUCGCAGGGCGCGCUGGCAGGCCUGCUGCAGGGGCUAAAGGCGAAGACAGCCGCACUCCUGAGCGGCUCGCGAGCGCCCAGCGCCCAGACCCACCACAACCAUCACCAUACGUUGCUGCCGCAGCAUCCAAGCGCCCCCGGCAGCUUCAGCACUCCCCAGCCCCAGGGCGACCCGGCGACCCCCGCCGCGCCGCCCGCCUGCGCGCCGCAGCCGGCGCCAGCGGCGGAGACGGCCGCGGAGCCGCACAAGCGGCGGAUGCUGGUGUUCCGCCGCCGCGCCGACGGCGGCAGCGCGGGGUCCGGGCGCCUGAGCUUCAGCAGCCAGCGGAUGAUCUCCUCGGCGCUUGAGCGCCAGCAGCAGCACCGCGCCGCCGACGGCGACGCAGACGACGACACCGACGCCGCGCCGACCGCGCCUGGCGCGCCGGGCGCCCCCGUUGCGGCGGCGCCUGCCGGGGCUGAGCCGGCGCUGUCUUGCAGCCGUUCCAGCAGCGGCGCCACGCCGCCCGCGCUGCACGGCGGCGACGUCGGCGCCGCGGCGCCGGCGGCUGACGAGGGCAGCGGGCUGCCGCCGGCUCGGCCGUCCGCGGCUGGGGAGAAGCGCGCCGCCGGAGGCGGCGCCGCGCCUGCGGGCAUCGAGCAGACAAGCAAGAAGCUGCAUGCUGCCCGCAGGGACUUUCCAGGACAGGCGCCCAUUGGCGACGACGGCGCGGCGGCAGGUGCCGCGCAGCUGCCGUGCAUCCCUGAGGCAGCCGGCUCGGCCGGGGCGUCGCGGCGCCGCCGCGGGAGGCCGGGGCCGACCGCUGCAUUUGGCGGCAGCCUGGGCUCUUGCUCGGCGCCCAACAAUCUGCUGUAUUCAGCGCCCUCUCUGCUGAUGCAGGCGCAGCCGGCGGCGCACCAGCAGGCCUGGAACAGCGCCGGCAGCUGCAUCGGAGCCAUCGACCUGUGGGCGACCCCCCUCGGGCAGGACGCGUGCGGCGCCGGCGCCGGCGUCGGCUCCUUCAAUUGGGCCCCGCCCGGCGGCGUGGCUGCCGCGUCGCAGCCUGUGGGGUGGCACAGCGCGGGCAGCUGCGUGAGCGCCGCCGGCGACGUGAUCGUUGCGCAGGCGCAGGCGCAGGCGGCCGACGCGCAGUGGCUACAAGCGGUGCAGCUGCAGCGGCGCCAGCAGCAGCUGCUGCAGCUGCAGCACCUGCAGCAGCUGCAGGCGGCGCAGCAGGGGCAGCUGCUCUCGCACGCCGGCGUGCCCUUUCCUGGAGUGUUGUUUUGA